UGCAUCCCGGUUCUCCCAACACGCUGUUUGCGGCUCGUCUUCCGCCAUUCUUCGCAUAUAAGUCAACAGCGUCGUUUUUUUUUUUUUUUUCACAUGGCUUCCCAACCCAGCAAGGACGAGGUCACUUCCAACCUCGCCAAGCUCUCCCUCAAAACAACUGAGCUAGAGACAACACCACCACCAUCAAAGUCACGAACCAAGCCCAGAAAGAAAGACAGCCCAGUAGCAGACAGCUGGGAAGACGAGGUAGACGAUGACGACGACGACGCGGCACUAGACACAGAGCAGUCUACGCCGGUGGCAACUAGCGGUCACGCGGGUACCUCCGCGCCACCGCCAACGCCCAUGUCGCCCGUCGCCAGCGCCAGCAAGCAAAGGCCGUUUUCCCCAUCCGCCCUCUCUGGUCCGGGGUUCAGCAUCCCACCGUUUGACGGCGCCGGCGACUUCUCCCCGCCUUCGUCGGCAUCACCGGGCAGCGGGCCAUCUCGACGGCCCGAAAAGACGGACGCGGUGGCCCGCCGAAUGAUUGCUAAUGCCCUGGGUAUGCGGGCACCUAAGUUGACAGAGGAGCAGCGGGCAUAUGACCGAGCGGUGCGCGAGAAGGAAAAGAAGAGGAGGGAGGAGGAGAAGGAGAAACAGAGGCUGAGAGAGGAAGAGAUUGCCAAGGCGAGACAGGCCAUAUGGGAUGAUUGAGGUUUGUCAUUGCAUACGUCAUGCUCGAUAUGAGGAGAGCACGACGAUGUUCAAAGAGAUGAAGGUGGUUGCGAGUCUGCUAUGCGUAUGCGGCCAGUUGGUUGGCCAUACAUUGGCAGGACUGACUUUUUUUGGAUGCUUUCAUGUGAUAUACUUUCUAGGAAGCUGCAGACCCUCGAGGCAAAGAGGCCUUGG